CAUGAUAGGAAUCGUUGAGUCGCCCUUAAGAGGUCGAUGGGCCCUCUUUGGAAAUUUGUAUGUAUAGAACCGGGAAAAAGGACCACAGUUACCUACUCGUUCCGCAUAUUGUAAGAGGGCCUUCUACCAAUUUUUAUGAAGUUUGAUGUGUUGAUUUUUUUUUUAAUUAUUCCCAUUAAUUAGCAGGAUCUCUCUCCCCAUUAUAUGUAUAAAUAGUAUGGCUUUUUCGGGGAGCCUUCGGUCCUUUUUGAAUAUAGGUAUAAAAUAUUAAAUGUUUAAAAAUGAAAAAUUUAAAUCAAACAGAAUACGCGCUUGCUAGAGUAAAUGAAGAAAAUAAUGUAGAAAGUACUGUUCCCCCCUCCCUCCCCUUUCCCAAUCCCCAACUUCCUCCCCCAUCCAUGGAGGAACACUCGUGACGAUUAGUAGGCGAUAUGGCAACACCGCAUGACGGGCUGCGCGGUAAACAAAUAACUUAACCUCAAACUGACGGUGAUGGUGUCAUUGCGCUAGCCGAUUCAUUAAUUUUACAUAAUUUUUUCUAUAUUUUGGAUCAAAACUCUGUCAAGCCUUAAAUUCAAUCUUAGUUUUUUACUUUUUUGCGCGUACUUGUUUGUCUCACUAUGCAGAACAGUUGUCAUUGGAAGGUUGGCUCAUUUUGUGUUGAAUAGUUACGACAAUGCUUAUUUUUGCAUUGGGAUUUCUAGUACAUGUCAUCUUUUUACUGUCUAUAUUUGAUGCCUAUUUUAAAUCUCCUCUUCUCAAUGACUUGCCUGUCAUUGAGAACUCGAUUGGCGCUCCAGCUAAACGUAUCGUCCUGAUCAGCUCUGAUGGCCUCAGAGCCUCUUCUGCCUUUGGACAUGAUGUAAACUCAACUCCGAACGCACCAUAUUUAAGAUCGGUCAUCCAGACGGAAGCAUCUUGGGGAGUAUGUCAUACCAGGGUGCCGACAGAGUCCCGUCCCGGACACAUUGCCAUGAUAGCUGGGUUUUACGAGGAUCCAUCCGCAAUCUUCAAGGGAUGGACGGACAAUAUAUUUGAAUUUGACUCCCUCUUUAAUCGGAGUGCCCUGACUCUAGGUUGGGGUAGUCCAGAUAUUGUACCAAUGUUUAACAAAGGAAACCUUUCCAAGCAAAUGAUAAUGAAGAGUUAUCCAUACGAAAUGCAGGAGCUUUUUGGAAGUGGAGAAAGCAUACUUGCCCUAAACUCUUGGGUUUUCAACGAAGUGAAUGAGACCCUAAAUAUCGCAGAAUUCAACAGCUCUGGGAAACAGUUGAGAGAAAGUCUCAAUCAAAGUAAAGUCUUCCUAUUUUUACAUCUGUUAGCCACAGAUACCUCUGGGCACUCAGAUAAACCACAAUCACAAGAGUUUUUCAAUGUGCUGAAAGAAACAGAUGCAAACAUUGAACUAAUCAUUGAAAGAUUAGAGAAAUUUUACAAUCAUGAUGGAAAAACAGUUUACGUGUUUACUUCGGAUCAUGGCAUGACUGAUUGGGGAACUCAUGGUGAUGGAUCAAAUAUUGAGACGGAGACCCCUUUUGUCAUCUGGGGCCCAGGUGUGAAAAAGCCAAAGCUUGUCAAUGAAACAGAUAAGAAUGAUCUUUGGAGACUAUCUCAUUUAAUUCGUCGUGAUCUGCGGCAAGCGGAUGUUGUUCCCCUUUUGGCCACUUUGCUUGGCAUUUCAAUUCCAGUUCACUCAGUUGGUGUGCUUCCAAUGGAUUUUUUGGAUGUCUCUGAUGGAGAAAAAGCCAAGAUGCUGGAAUUAAACAUGAAACAAAUCAAUCAGCAGUUCUUGAAAAGCCGUGACUCAGUCAAACUAUCAUCUACAUCAUUCUUUUACAUACCGUUCAAGGAUCUGACUGAUGAGCUAGAUGCAGAGAUGAAGAACGCUAUCAAAAACCACAUCAUCAACCAUCAAUAUCAUGAGGCAAUUUCUCUGAGUCAGAAAUUGAUACAUCUCAAUUUAGCCGCCAUCAAUUACUACCAAAAUUACUACCAGUAUUUACUCUUGGGUUGCAUAUCCGUAUCAUAUUUUGGUUGGAUUUUUGUCUUGCUAACGGUUCUUUGCAAGAAUCUACAGCUGAAGCCAGGUGGACCAAAAUCAGCCAAACUCUCCUUUCUCACAAUGCUGUCAAGGCUCUCACCAUAUGCCUUUACCGUGUGGUUUGUGAUAACCAUCAGCUUUAUUAUAGUGCAAAGCUUACCCAUUCAGUUUUAUAUUUACGGUCUCCUACCUGUAUUCCUGUGGUGGUUUGCAUUCAAACACAAUGCAUUGAAUGUUUUUGAGGGAUUUGCACAAACUUGUUAUGAAUGUUGGUAUCUACCAAUUGCUUAUGCCGUUGGAGUGGAGUUUUUCGUGCUAACUUUUUUCCAGCGAUGGGCAAUCAGCGCAGUCACGCUAGCUUUAGUGUUUUGGCCAUGGUUUCAUCUCCCAACUCUAAGGCGGCAAAAAUGUCAGUUUCUUGUUUACAUGUGGACUUGCUCGACUCUGGGAAUAGCUAUUUUUCCGUUUUUACCAGUCACCGGUUUCGAAGCUAAUAUAUUUUUUGUGGUAAUAUCUGGGUUGUUAUCUAUUGUUUUCAACGUUAGUAUACUCUUACUGCCAGUGCUGAACCACUGUUUCAUUUUGAAACCCGAAGAAGGUAGUAGUGGCUGCUAUCUUUCAUUGGGCACCAUCCGGCACAUUUGGGCACUUCUGGCAUCAUUCUUAGUUUGUGUAGCGAUGUAUUUCAAUCUGUCAGUGAAGUAUUGUCAGAUUGUAUCCUGGAUCCUGUUAGGAAACGCCAUUAUUAUUCCUGUCAACAUGAUGAAAGGAGAUGUGUCCCUCCGUUUGGUUGGGUUGUUCCUUUCAAUGACCUCCCCCAUGUUACUUCUGUCGAUAGGACAUGAGUCGCUCUUUUAUUUUCUAUUUUCGGCUCAUCUGCUUAUUUGGUUCGCACUUGAAUAUCAGCUUACGUUCUUAUUAAUGUCAUUUUUUGGUGCUGGAAAUAUAGCAUCCGUCAGCUCAUUUGACUUGCUAACUGUUCAACGUUUCAUUUCUGUGUUCUCUCCAUUCACAAUGAUGAGUCUAAUCCUUCUGAAAUUAUUGAUUCCCUUUCUUCUGGUUGUUGCAACGGUAUUUUGCUUGUACAUCAAAAUCCAUGAUUCAAUCAACGAGCUACUCCUGGUGGUUUUCAUCUUUUGCGAUUUGCUUGGGCUCCAUUUCUUAUUCUUGGUGAAAAAUGUUGGAAGCUGGAAAGAAAUUGGAACCUCCCUUUCGCAUUAUGUCAUCGUAGAAUCUAUUAUUUUAUUUAUUUCACUUCUCUUGGGUGUAGCUCACUUUUACUUGAAGGAAUUGAGCAGUAACGAUAUUCUUACCUCAGUUGGUGCUAGGUACCUCUCAGGAAAGACUUAUAGAUCCAAUAAGAAAAACUAUUGAUAACUCGUCAUACUUUCACAGAAAACUGUCUCUGUUUUUACUCUCAGGGAAGAUUCAUACUGUAAAAUCAGGGAUUUCACUACCAAGUACGUCUCAGAUUUUUUUUCUUACCUUCAAGCUUUUUCUUUUCAUAAUUUGAAAAUCUGAUAGUGGCCUCUCAGCUGCGCCUAUCGAACUAAAUUUUAUUCACGAUCAAACUCUUGAGAUUGUUCACAGAUUAAUAAGGUUAUCUCAAGCUAUGUUCUACUUAAAAGUUUUAAGCUUUCUUGCGUGUCUACUUAAAGCAAUAGCUUAACCUAAGCACAAACAUGAAGACACUUAGUUUCCCUAAUAUUCUUCAUAAUUAGGAGGGUCGUCCAGAAAGUAAGUUUACCUAUUCAAUAUCUCCUAAACUAAGAUAGACAUAGAAAAUCUGCAAAAAGUUUUGAAAAGCCACUACUCUCAGCUUUCUAAUGCGCUAUAGAUUUCUAAAUUUGGUUCUAUAAAUCUCUAGUAAAGUGGAUUUUUCUGAACCCACCCUCUCUCCAUGCGGGUCCAAAAUUUCACAGAGCGCCAUCAGCACGUGAGUUGCUGUAAGUGCUGUAUCUGUUGCUUAUCACAGAAAAGUGGUUUAGAGAUGGCUGAAAAUCAUGUAAAACAUGAGGAAGAAACAUUAAGCAGCUAGGAAUUUGCAGGAGUGACCGUGUUUACUUUAAAAUCAGUUGUAUUUGAACAAAAGUUGACCAACUUGUCAGCAUUAACUGUCACUUUCUGACUGAAUUUUGUUCAUGGGCCUUCAUAUUACUCCGCCCGCUCCCAAAAAAAAUUUGUCAAAGAUGUAUCAUUUUGAUAAAUAUGUAGCGUUUACAAUAUCUUUACUGUAAAAUGUCCUGAAUUGGAGCAGCCUUUGCCACCUUUUUUUGUUAAAAAUCGAAUUAUAGAGCGCAAUUCACAUGCCAAAACCAAAUUCAGCAGCACAACUUCAUGAAACUACCAAUUGUAGCCUAACCUUUUCACGCACUGCAGUCCAGACCUACUAAUUAUCGAAUGAACCUGCGAUUUUCUGAUAAAAAAAUGUGCCUCCCCAUAUUUUACAUGAAAUUCAACCAUCUCUAAGCCCUUUUUCUUGCGAUAAGUAAUAGACACAGCAGCUUAUUUGAUUAAGGUGCUUUGUGAAAUUUCGGACCCGCGAGAGGAGAUGGGUUUAGAAAAAUCCUCAUUUCUAGAGCUCUAUUAGACCAAAUUUAAAAAUCUAUAGUGCAAUAAAAAACUGAGAGUAGUGGCUUUUCAACGCUUUUUACACAUUUUCUCCGUCCAUCUUAGAUCAGGAGACAUUGAAUAGGUAAACUUAUUUUCUGGAUGACCCUGUAUUACGCCAACUGAUGUUGAAAUCUUAUCAUACUUAAUUGCCAAAUUUUUUUUAAGUUUGAAUUUAGUACAAAUCUAUACUUUUAACUAUGAGUUUAGUUACAGAAGAAUUGUAUUUAUUCAGUCAAUUAUUUAUGUCUAGUUCAAAUUAAAAACUCAUCAUGGGUAUAAUUAUAGAAAAAAAAUUCCAAUCAUAAAUUACAGUGAAAUCUCAUAGAGUCAAAAUACGGUUAAGACAAAAUUCCUCUCAACCUUUAGACACCGCCAACAGGCGUAAGGUAACUAAAGUAUGAUUAAGACAAAUUCGUGACUUUUGUCGCGGAGAAAAAGUUGCUUGAAUUGAAGACAUUUUUUUUAGAAAACUCCACAAAUUCGAUUUUAUAUGUGAAAAAUCAAGAGAAGGGAGCAAUUUGAAACCCCCUGGACAAUUUGACCAGCGAGAUUUUACUGUAUUUAUUUUUUUGAAAUUUCAUCUCUUUAAGCCGCUCUCAGGAUUCAUCACAGCGCUACAGUAGUUUACCCAUCCAUCAGUAUUUAAUUUUAUCCAUCAUUUUUGAAAUAUCUCUCCAUCUCAACCUAACAGAAGCCAAUUCUGUUCCACUGUUUCUUUUUUUAGAUUCCCUCCUACCUGAUAAUGUGAGGAGUUUAAAUGCGGGUUUCUAAUUUUAUUUGCUAAGAAGGUCCUGUACGUGCUGUAAGCAUGUUUAGUAUGUCCUUAUGUGUUUUCGGUAUUUGUUCCUAAUACAGUCAAGAAAAAUUCCAUUACCACAACCAGA